AUGUGGGAAAUAAAGGGGGCAAUGGGAGACGUCAGUGUUUCUUCAACUCCAUCUGCAAUUAGGAAUGACCGCGUUGCUGCGAUUCAGCCGAUGAGGCGCGAAGAAACAAAAAAGAUCCGAGCAGCGCAUCAUAUUCCCUCAUUCACAGUUGCAGUAGAAGGGACGUAUCAGUUUAUUCGUUCAUUGGUGAUUGGAGAAAUUACUCGUGCCGUGAGAGUGCUGGCGAUACCCACGACUUCAAACUUUAUAGUAGAACUUACAAGUGAAUAUCAAUCAUCUCAUCUAUAUAAAAAUGUUGACUAUUACCGUUCUUUUACUGAGAUGGAGGAAUGGUUAUCAGAUUUAACAGUUCUUAGUCAAGAAGUACGCUUGCGUGUUGCGGUAGAAACAUCUUUGGAACGUAUAGAUAGCAAGGGGGACUAUAUAUCUCUUUUCCCAAAGCGUUCAGAUAUCUUAUUUAAAGAGCGGUGGUUGCACACAGAUUUAGCUCAAAUGGAAAGUACAAAAACGUCUCUACAUGAAAAGAUUGCAACCAAAAUAAGAGAACGAAUGUGUGAAGAAAAAACACAUGAAGGACAACGGCAACAACGGCAAUUACCUUUAUUUAUUAACUUGCGUUGCGAAGUUCAUAACCUUUUUUUCUGUAUCCCUGUUCGGCAACGUAGUAUUACUGGAGAAGGACAAUCAUCUUAUCGACUUCGUGCUGAGUGGCAAGCUCUUGUGAUAUCAUCAUAUAGGAUGGCAGUGGAAUUUAUAAUAGCCCCAUUGUAUCUUUCUAAUAGUUCAACUGCAGAUGGUCGUGCUUCUUUGUAUCUCCGGGUAAGUGAUAAUUAUAAUAAUUAUUACAAAAAUGAAAAAAAGGCGGUUGUCGAUAUUAUUGAUGUUUUACAUGUGCAAAUUCCUUCAGAUGAUUCUGAAAUGAUAAGUAAAGUUCAUUAUCCAAUUAAAAGAGAUCAAAAAGAAAUUCAAAAGGAUAUUGAUUCACUCUCGAUUUCUACUGUAUAUCGUGUUUUAUUAUCCUUAUUUCCCCAUCUCCGUUUACUGGGUAAAUCGUUGGGUUCUAUAAAGAAUUCCACAUCUCUACGUCUUCGGGAAGUUAUAGUUAAACGAAAUUCCUUUGCUGUAGUCUUUGUUUGUCCCUUAUGGGAUUCACAUAAUGAAAAUAAGUGUUUGGGCCGUUCCUAUAAUUGUACAAACCCUCUUGCCGUUUCAGUCAAUAAAAUUACAGGGGCUUGUCAUGUUGUGGAUGAAUCACAUCGAGUAUAUCGUCACAUCUCAUCUUUGUCUAACACACUGUAUCCACUUCUCAUCUUUGUAUCAAAUACUUUACUAGAAGGCAGUGAUACAAUUUUGGGAAAGCUGUUUCUGGCUGCAAAACAAGGGUAUCAUAAUGAGUCAAGAAGUAUUCUAAAAGAAACAACGUUUACAGAUACGAAAGAGAAUAUUCGUGUUGUGGAUGAAUUGCGGACGGCAACUAAAUCAUUAGGGGAUCAUAGUACUCCCACCAAAACUUCUCUCCGCGUCUCCUCCUUGGCGAGGCGUCUCUCCCUUGCAGACGCUGUGAAGAGUAAAAAAAGUUCUCAUGUUGUUUCCGUCUCUCACGUAAAGCGAACCCCUUUUUAUCCAUUAAAAUGGAUAACACAGAAAUGUAAUACAAGUACUCUUUCUCAGGUACGUUCUAAAAUGAAACUGGUACUCAAACCUUCUCAUAUUGCCAUAAGAGGUUACGAAAUACCAUUUGUAUGGACAGGUUUGGAUUCUUUAAAUCGUAUAGGGGGUACUACAUGUUGUCCGUUUCGAAAAGAACACUUAAUUACACAAUGGGAUAGAAAGUUUUUCCUUUUAUAUUUGGAAAAUGCAAGCAAGCAAGAGAAUAAUAAUAAUAAUAAUAAUUCUCUAUCUGAGGUUUCAUCUCCUUCGUCUGUUGUUUUACCUGUAACCUCAUCGCGGCUUCCACAUACACUUUAUCUUGCAGAUCAGCAUGCCAUUCAUGAACGAUUGCGCUUGGAAUACUUCCUCACAACUGCAGAGUCUUAUGUGAUGCAAGAUUCUACAUCCGUUACUUUCCCUGUCAAGAUACCUGUUGAUAUUCGUCAAGAUGUUACAAACUACGAAGAGAUACUUAUGCGCUGGGGAUGGCGCUUUGCCCAUGGUAGUAAAGAAAUUACUGAAGGUAUAGAGUGUAAAUCAAAAAAACUUCCCAUUUAUUCUAAUGCAAAUAAUUAUUGUGUUACAAUUACGCAGUGGCCUCAUCUAGUAGUAGAAGGGCACCAGCUUUUCUUGGACAACAUUGAUUUUCUUCGUAUGGCUUUGGAAGAGAUCGUUACGACCCUCAGCCCAUCCCGAAAAGUGAUUGGGAAUUCAAAAAGUGCCCAUAAUGGCAGCGAUUGUGAUGGACAAAACGCUGGAGGUCACAUUGUACCUUCUCCAAUUCUUCAGUUUUUAAUUACCCGAUCUUGCCGAGGUGCUAUUAUGUUUGGAGACAAAGUUUCUUUUGCGGAAGCAGAAAAACUUGUUGAAGGACUUCAAGCCGUCGUGCAAUAUUCCCUUUGCUCCCACGGCCGGCCGGCCUUCGCCGUUCUUCAAAAACGCGCAAAUUAA